GCCAUUGUUGCAUAAAGUUUUAAAUCGGUUUAAAGUAGAUCACAUGCUCCGGCUGAACAACAACACGGACGCGCAUUCCAGCGCGCGCUUGCACCGUUUUGCAUCGCAAACUGUGCAAAGAAAAAAAGACAGAAACCAGUCGUCGAGGUUAAAUCUUUAAAAAGAGACUUAUCGAUGGACUUUUGCGGAUUUAUAGCUGUUCUCAUUCGUUAAAGUUAGCGCAAAACGCUUUCGGAAUGACGCAUUCGUACAGCCAGCGUUCGCUGGUGGUGCUCGCGCUUUUGGGGAUUUUAUCCGCAAUAAUGUCCAUAUUAUCCGUCAUUUUGAUUUUCCAGCUUCAAGCCCAACAGGCCACUAUUAAGGGCACGCCGUCAUUCCUGGCGACUGAAGUUAUCGCGGUUUUAUUGCCCGUUUCUACAGUCCUGUCAGCCUUUUCUCUAACUCUCAACCUGAGCACCGUGGCUGUUUGUUUGCUUCAUAGUUAUUUCACAAACGAAUUAAGCAAAGGGACAGCAGAUACCCAAAGGGCCGACUGGUUCCUAAUGGAUAGCAGAGCAGUCCGACACGUGGCCAUUGGGCUGUUUUGCCUCGGCGUUUCAGUUUACCUAGCAGCUAUGUCCAUUUACAUGUUAUUGGUGUUUGAAAUCGAGACUGGAAUAGCCGGCGCCUGCGUGCUCUCCUCUGGGGUUCUCGUCCUGCAAUUCAUCGUUAUUCACGCCCUUAUACAGGCCACAUGUACCGCCAGACGUUUCCGCAAACAACAUGCCCACCCCGGAUACCAAAACGACCACUUUAGCGGUCCUGAUAUUCAAAGGUCGAACCUGAGACUCGGGGACCAGCCACGGAGGCAGCACAGCUUAGCCGGUCUGCACGCCCAUUUCUCUAAUUCUACCGACAACUAUCCCAGACAACACGACAACUAUCCCAGACAGAAACCACAGUACUCUCCGUCGAACGGGCCUCACGUGCACUCUAGCGAUAUAGAUGGUUACGGUGGUGGCCGGACGCACCGGACCGCUUCAGAUGAGUCCCCACAGUCGCACGCCCAUGCCAAACCCUGGACCGGGGUCAACAGCGAGAUGAGAGCUGUACUGGCUCGCAAAUCCACAGUCAGGGACUCUACUUUAGUAUGAAUAGUAUUGAGAUGGGCAUUAUUUAAUAUGAGGAAAUAUAUAUAAUGUGCCUAUGCUAAAACAGAUGCUGGGAUGAAGAUUACAAAAUGACUGAUCUGUUUAUUCUUGUGUUUUUAUUCUUGCUAUAUUCUUACUCUAGGCCAAUUUAUAUGAUGAGAUCAUAUGUUUUUGUACACUAAUGUUAAUAUGUGACUCUAUCUAAUGAUGAGAUUAGGAGAAAAGUUUGAUUUCAGUCAUUGAUUUCAAUAUUUGUCAUGACCUUAGUCAAUAUUAAAGAUAUUUUUUUUCA